UUCUCCAAGUUGGCGCCAAACUCUUGAAAGUAUCGAUUUCCGUUUGGGUCCACUCAAAGCUUGGAACGUCACGAAGGAUUGAGGAGUAGUAGAUGAUGUUCCCUCUUCUUCGCAUCAGUUCAGCAGAAUCAAACUUGAUGACUUGAGGAAAACUUUAGUUGAUUGGUAACCCAUCCGGGAUCGUCGAUCAAAAUGGCGUCGGAAAUUGGCGCGGGCAAGUCCAUCAUGGUGGUAGCCAUCGUUUUGGGUUGUUUCGCCAUAUUGUGGCCCAAGGUGUUUUAUCCCAUGCUCUUCGACACGUACAAAGGAUUUGCUGGAGCACCCGUAGAUUCUCAUCUUAAACAGGUUGAGCGGGAUCCGCGAAUGGGCCCACAACACAGACAUCCGCGGUUUUCAGGGGAUGACGGUAAAGAGCUGCGAAGAACAUUGGAGAAGGAUCUGAAGCCGGGCCCUGUCCCUGGCAUGCGUCCAACCAUGGGUGGACCCGGCAUUCAACCACAAGGACAUAAAGGUCAAGGAGGAGCCAUGGGUAUCCUAAUGCCCUUGUAUACUGUGGGAAUCGUCAUAUUCUUCCUGUACACCGUCAUGAAAAUCAUCUUCAAGAAAAAUGAUGACGACUAUCCCCCGCCUUCCUUAACGCCCGAGAAACGCGUCAGACGCCCAGACUACAUAACUUCCACCGGAUCAAGAAAAAGCGAAGGUAUCCAAGAGAUUUCUUCCAAUGGCAGCGACGUGCGCUCACCGCUCGUCAACAAGACGCUAUCAAAGUCGUCAGAUCCUCCAGUGAAACCACGGCCUAAUGUGAGUCCUCUCAUGUCUUCGUGUGCCUCCUGCAAGACCUGCCAAGAAGAGCUAUUGGCGGCAGUGGCGGAUGCGGCUUCAGCCUGCUCGAAUUUGGAUGCUCGAUCAGUCCCGGAUAAUGCCAAGGAACCGCCCAACAUUGAGGGGAAGCACCAAGAAAGCACACUCAAGGAAAUAAAAACAAGCUCAACUGAUGAAACGCCAAGGCCAAAAGAUCUGACCGAAUCCAAUGACACUUCACUAACAGAUGAUGACAAGUUGCAAUCCGAUUCCAAACAGGAGAUACCAAAAGAAGAGACGUCGGAUGCUCGCGAGGAGGAGCUAAAGGCAUUGAGAGCUAAAUUGCAACAAACCGAGGAACUCAUGAAAAUGCUCGCUUCUAAGGUUGAAUCUCUACAAACUACAGAACCAGAGAAGAAAAUUCGCCUCGAAACGGAUGAUGAUAACAAUAAACAAAAGGAAUCGCGGCCACUCAUCGCCCAAGAUACCUCUGCUCAAUCCUGAGAAGAAAGUGUGAACCCGAUAAAUUGAAUAAUAAUCAAACUUGGGUCUCUUUGUUGAGGUUGUUGCAUGAUUGAAUCCCAGUCACUUCCAAUAUUCCAAAACGUAACCUUCAUAAUACCACCAGUAAUAAUAAUGAGCCUCAUUGCACUAUUCCUAACCCCCAAUGUUGACGAUCCAAUAUGUCUCUAAUAAAUCCCAAAGAAAUUUGAGUGGUUGGUAUCCAAUUUGAUUUUAUUUGAUAAUUGUUUUUUGUUUCUGUUUGUAUGUGUGAUUAGGUGCAGGUUAUUAAACUCAAGAAUGCGGGCGAUGAUAAUGAUGCGAACAAAAAACGCGAAAUCAUUGACAUUUAGCACAUGUAC